GGCAGGCAGGCCGGGCGGGUGCGCGCGCGCGCGGGGCGUCUCUUCGGGUCCCACUCCUGGCAUCGCUUUGCACUUGCAAUUGCAGCAGGAGCAGCAGCAGAAGCAACAGAAGAGGCAGCCUCUCUUUUUUCUCCCCCUUCCCGGCGGAGGAGCCGAGGCGCAAGGCUGCAGCAUGCCGGUGGAAGAAGGGGGCCUCCGGGUGUUUCAGAGCGUCCGGAUCAAAAUAGGAGAAGCUAAAAAUCUUCCUACUUAUCCAGGGCCAAACAAGAUGAGGGAUUGCUACUGUACUGUAAACCUGGACCAGGAAGAAGUUUUCAGGACCAAAAUAGUGGAGAAAUCAUUAUGCCCCUUUUAUGGAGAAGACUUUUACUGUGAAAUUCCACGGAGUUUUCGUCAUCUGGCAUUUUACAUUUUCGAUAGAGAUGUUUUCCGCAGGGAUUCAAUCAUUGGAAAAGUAGCAAUAUUGAAAGAAGAUUUACAGAAGUACCAUAAUAGAGACACGUGGUUUCAACUGCAACAUGUUGAUGCUGAUUCAGAAGUACAGGGGAAAGUCCAUUUAGAGUUGAGGCUCAGUGAAGUCAUAACAGACACUGGUGUAAUUUGCCAUAAGCUUGCCACAAGAGUUCUAGAAUGCCAAGGAUUACCAAUUGUAAAUGGUCAGUGUGAUCCUUAUGCAACGGUUACCUUAGCAGGACCAUACAGAUCGGAAGCCAAAAAGACAAAAGUUAAGAAGAAGACAAACAAUCCACAGUUUGAUGAAGUGUUUUAUUUUGAGGUUACCAGACCUUGUAGCUAUAACAAGAAAUCCCAUUUUGAAAUUGAAGAUGCUGAUGAAGUUGACAAGAUGGAAAUCAGGGUUGAUCUUUGGAAUGCAAGCAACUUGAAGUUUGGAGAUGAAUUUCUAGGAGAACUAAGGCUACCUCUGAAAUGUCUCCGGCAAUCCAGCUCUUAUGAAGCAUGGUAUUUCCUGCAGCCCAGAGACAAUGGAAACAAGUCACUGAAACCUGAUGACCUGGGUUCCUUGAGGUUAAAUGUGGUUUAUACUGAAGACCAUGUUUUUCCUUCAGACUACUACAGCCCACUUAGAGACCUCUUAUUAAAAUCUGCAGAUGUUGAGCCUGUUUCAGCAUCUGCUGCCCACAUAUUGGGUGAAGUCUGCAGGGAGAAACAGGAGGCAGCCAUACCUCUGGUCCGACUCUUCUUACAUUAUGGCAAAAUUGUGCCUUUCAUUAGUGCAAUCGCAAAUGCUGAAGUGAGAAGAACUCAAGAUCCAAACACCAUUUUCAGAGGAAACUCAUUAACCUCCAAGUGCAUUGAUGAAACAAUGAAACUGGCAGGAAUGCAUUAUCUUCAAGUUACACUAAAGCCAAUAAUUGAUGAGAUUUGCCAAUUCCAUAAGCCUUGUGAAAUUGAUCCAGUUAAGUUGAAAGAUGCUGAAAAUUUGGAAAAUAACAGGGAAAAUCUUAGGCAAUAUGUAGACCAGAUAUUCACAGUUAUUACAAAAUCUGGAGUCAGUUGCCCUACAGUCAUGUGUGAUAUCUUUUUCUCAUUGCGGGAGUCAGCAGCCAUACGUUUCCAAGAUGACCCUGAUGUUAGGUACACAGCAGUAAGCAGCUUCAUUUUUUUGAGAUUCUUCGCCCCUGCAAUUCUUUCUCCAAAUCUCUUCCAUCUUACACCUCAUCACCCAGAUCCACAAACCUCGAGAACGUUAACAUUGAUUUCCAAGACUAUACAAACAUUGGGCAGUUUAUCGAAGUCUAAGUCUGCCAGCUUCAAAGAAUCCUAUAUGGCUAUAUUUUAUGACUACUUUAAUGAACAAAAAUAUGCUGAUGCAGUAAAAAAUUUCCUAGAUUUGAUUUCAUCCUCUGGAAGAAGAGAUCACAAGAUUAUAGAACAGCCAAUCCUACUAAAGGAAGGGACUCUUAAACUUACAGUAAAGAAAGUUGAUGAUAAUAGUUCAUGCAGGUUUAUGAUAAAGAGGGCACAAGGCAGGAAACGAUUUGGUAUGAAGAACUUCAAGAAGAGAUGGUUUCGGCUCACUAACCAUGAAUUUACUUAUCAGAAGAGUAAAGGUGAUCAUCCCUUAUGCAGCAUUCCAAUUGAAAACAUCUUGGCAGUAGAAAAAUUAGAGGAGGAGUCCUUCAAAAUGAAAAAUAUGUUUCAAGUGAUUCAGCCUGAAAGAGUCCUGUACAUCCAGGCAAAUAACUGUGUGGAGGCCAAGGACUGGAUUGAUAUCCUCACCAAAGUUAGCCAGUGUAAUAAGAAACGUCUCACUGUCUACCACCCUUCGGCAUACCUUAAUGGGCAUUGGCUGUGCUGUAAAGCUAUAGCUGAUAAUACUCCUGGCUGUACUCCCUGCACUGGGGGCCUACCAGCAAAUAUACAGUUAGACAUAGAUGGAGACAGAGAAACGGAACGCAUCUAUUCCCUAUACAAUUUGUAUAUGACUAAAUUGGAGAAAAUGCAAGAGGCUUGUGGAAGUAAAUCUGUUUAUGAUGGGCCAGAGCAAGAAGAGUAUUCUACUUUUGUCAUUGAUGACCCUCAGGCAACCUACAAGACACUAAAACAAAUUGUUGCUAGUGUUAAAAACUUAGAGCAAGAACACGCCCAGUACAAGAGAGAUAAAUUCAAGAAGACAAAAUAUGGAAGCCAGGAACAUCCUAUUGGGGACAAGAGCUUCCAGAGUUAUAUACGGCAGCAGUCAGAAAUCUCAGCCCAUUCCAUUUGAAGUUUGAAGGAAAUCACAAGAUGGUGUUACUGAAAGGUUGAACUGAAAAACAAACAAAGAGAAAAGCCAGCUGUAGCAAGAUGUACAUAACAAGUCUCAAGCUUGCCAAGGCUUGCUAAUUGUUCUCCUUUCUCUCUUUCUCUUUUCGUCUCCUUCUCUCUAUUGUCAAGAACUGUUACAAUAGUUGCUAUGCACUUUAUUCAUCUGGGAUUAACAGAUGAAGGAACUCUGCCUUCUUGGUGGUUUUUGUCAUACAUGUUGUGUUUUGUUCUGGGUUUUUUUUAAAAAAAAGUGUUGACCUGGUUUCUUGGAACUUAGUGAUCAGUUCAAUGAUCAAGGUCUGUGGACUUCUUUGGCAUCUUCCACAAUCUUUUAUGUGGUCAAACGCAUUUUUCUAAACUUCUUGUUUUUGACUGGCUGACUCCUUUUGUGUUAUGCCAUAGAGUAAUUUGAGAAGACUUUUCAGCAUCUGCUUUUUAGGAGAGAGAAGCCCUUCUUUUCUGGGUACAGCCUCUCCACACUGCCACUUGCAUUCCAAAGCAGGUAGAAGAGGGCGAUAUUUCAGUCUUAACAUCAGAAGGAUAAUGUUUGGAGAAAAGUUGGGUUUUUAUGAGAAAUUAUAAUGUUUAAUGGUACUCCUUAAUAUUUUUGAGAUAAGAAGUUGUUUCAACCAAGGUAUUCAGUCCGUUUCUAUUUUUGCUAUAAAGUGGUGCCAUAAAUCUUGAACGAUACACGUCAAAAUGAAGAGACAAUGUGCAACUUGUACAUAGACAUACGGAAAUAACUUGGUUUGGAUAUUUCAGAUACGGUUUUUCUUCCUUUUGUAAGCAGGCUUUGCACCUCAAAUGCAACAUACUUCCUUCAUUUGUACUAUGUUGGGGAGGGGAAGAUGCUUAUACCAUGGGCAAAGGUUUUGUCAUAUGUGAUAAAAGCAUUUGUAUCUGUAUGACUCUGUGCACAUACAGUAGAAAGAAAAAAAAUCUACCGAUAGGUUAACAUGGACUUCCUAUGAAAUAGAAUUGUUUUGAACCUUACCAGGUUCAUCCUCAGGGAAAUAUGAAAAGCUGGAAACUGCUGUAUUCUCUUGUAAUACCUUUCCUAGAGAGACUGGCUGCUGCAAAAUUAAUACAAGUAUAUUUGAGAUAGAGAAAUGGAUGAGAGUGAGGAAAAUUCUUGCACUGUGCUUCCUACUGCACAUGGUUUCUGCAUCCUACACAGAAGUACUAUCCAUGUAGGAAAACAACAUUCCAUACAAAGCGAGCUGAAGUGGGAGAGAGCUGUAAUUUGGGAAUGGCUUGUUAUAAUCAGGAGACAAUGCUGCCUUAACUUUUCAGGGGAAAAGUGUUUGGGGAAGGGGCCCUGUCAACAAGGAAUACACAAGGUGUCUUGGACAAAAAAGUUGUGAAGACAUUCUGCCCUGAAGUGUUCAAAACAGACAUGUGUGUUCUCCUAGUUCUAGCUGAUUGGAUGGGAUAAAAGGUGUGGAAGAAAAGUGAUGAUAUGUGUGUCGUUAUUGUUUUUAGUUGCGUUAACACGUGGCUGUACCUUGUUAAUACAGUUAUGAGUGUAAAUGAAGAGAAAUGAGUUGUGUACCUCAUUCAUGCAAAUAAAUGUUGUUAAGGGUUAGGAAUGAAGAAAAGAUACAAGUAUACGUGAUACACACACAUCAGUCCCCAUCCCAUAUACAAACACAGUAGCUUGAACCCAGACUGAUUUGGUGAACUAAUGCUGUCUUACAUCUCCUAGAUUUCAGUUGACCCAAGUGUAACUAAUCUAUGUGUACCUGCAUAGAUUUGAGCCCCCUCUACACUUGCCAUUUAUGCUGGUGUGGGCUUGGAUCAGUCCACAGGCUGCCACAAAAUGAAAAACCAUUAAUGUGGUUGUACCCCAGGUUAAUAUAACUUAGUGGAAAGCCCAAAUCCUGCACCAGGAUGCAGGUUUCCACCUGAGUCAUUGCAGUCCAAACACCUGCAGCCAGUUCCUACACAAAACCAGCCAUAGGUGUCCCAACAACCAUCAUGUGCUCCCUGGAGUCAGGUGGCCCGGGAAUGCAGGAUGGCUGUCCCUUCCCACUCCUCCCCUACUUAGGCAGGGGCCCAUAUUCUACCGACCUCAUACCGAGUCACUGCUGGCUACAGCAUUGACAGGGUAGCCUAUCUUUUGUCCUCUUUCCAUGUCUUGUGACUUGAAAAGGAGUAUUGGAGAACAGAAAGAGGGGCUUUUACUCUUCACUCACUCCACCCUCCUUUGUAAAUCACAAGACAUAGGAGGUCAACAAAAAACCCAACCAAAGAUAGGCCACUCUGCUGCUGAUGGGAAGGUGGCAGUUCAGCCCUUACUUAAUGGUGCUGAACUGUCUUCAGUGUGGUUGGACAAUAAGGAUGUCCUCCUGUUGCCAAAGUGACUCAGCAUUUUGGACACCAAUUCCAGUUUAUUUUAAUGGACUGUGUAGAACUUCCCAGUCACACACUUAUGCAUUACUGCCAGGAUUGUUGCACUGCCAGAACUACUGCUUUCAGCAGAACCAUGAGGAGCAGCCAUUCCCCCUGUUUCCUUAGCCCUUUAUAUAUCCUCAAAAGCUGCUUUGCAGUGAUAGGAAGCUCUCCAGACCAUCUUUUCAGGUGGAGUGUGGAGGGUAGGGAAAGAAAGUCCCUUUGCACUUAAAGGAGUGUUGUUCACAGUAAGAUUUAGGCCAUUAUACGUAUUUUGCUGUUUAGUUGUACGUCAUAGCCUCUCUUUAAAGGUUUUGGUCAGUGCAUGCUGGGCUUUGAUCAAAGCCUAAGUAAUUUGACAGACUUUAGAGUAUAAACGGGGUUGUUUUUGGACCAUACGCAAUGAGCUCUCAGCUUGAUGUGAUGUUCUGUACCUCUGCAUAAUAGUGGUUCUAAACAAGACAUUAGUAUUCUCCAAGUGUCUGGAGCAUAAAAGAAAUAUUGUACGUAAAUGUUUCCUUACCAGCCCCACAAUGUUCAAAUCCCAUAAAAAUCAAACAUACGGUUUCAUGCAAUCUCUAUUUUAUAAAAGCGGUUACACAUUUUUGUUGUGGUUUUGUUUCUUUUGCAUUAUAGUACAUUGAAAAACUAUAAGAUAGUCAUCUUCCAACAUGGAAGCUGGGAAAGAACUGUAUUUCGUGUCCUGAACUGCCAUUGAAUGCCAGUUUUUUAUGUAUUUGUUACUUAAUAAUCCUUGAAUUAAAUACUAAUGAACUGCAUUGUGUGUUGUAUUUGCCAAUUAAAAGAAAUGUUUAUUUCUGAAAA